AUGUCUAAAGAACACGUUUAUAUCGUUGCCGCUGCCCGUACGCCUAUUGGCUCUUUCCAAGGUACCUUGUCGUCCCAGUCGUAUGUUGACCUGGGAGCCCACGCAGUGAAGGCUGCGUUGGCCAAGGUUCCUGAGAUCAAACCCACCGACGUGGAGGAGAUCUUCUUUGGUAACGUUUUGCAGGCCAAUGUUGGCCAGGCUCCUGCCAGACAGGUUGCUUUGAAGGCUGGGCUCGGGGAGAACACUCCUGCCACCACCAUCAACAAGGUUUGUGCCUCUGCUAUGAAGGCCAUUAUUCUUGGAACCCAACACAUUCUUACCGGCUCCGGCGAUAUUGUUGUUGCUGGAGGUGCUGAGUCGAUGACCAACACCCCUUACUACGUUCCUGCUGCGCGUGGCGGUCUUAGAUUCGGAGACGGAUCCAUUAUCGAUGGUAUUUCGCGUGACGGUUUAAACGACGCGUACGACGGAAAAGCCAUGGGUGUGGCAGCUGAAAAGUGUGCCGCUGACCACAACAUUUCCAGAGAGGAGCAGGACGACUUUGCCAUCCAGUCGUACAAGAAGGCCCAGAAGGCCCAUGCUAACGGCAAGUUUAAGGCCGAGAUCGCCCCAAUCACCAUCAAGGGUACCAGAGGCAAGCCAGACACCGUUGUUGAGAUCGACGAGGAGACCUCCAAGUUGAACGAGGCCAAGCUGAGAAGUGCCAGAACCGUGUUCAAGCAAGACGGAACCGUCACUGCUCCAAAUGCCUCUCCUAUCAACGACGGAGGUGCUGCUGUUGUUCUUGUCAGUGCCAGAAAGGUUGCAGAGCUGGGAUUGAAGCCAAUUGCCAAGAUCAUUGGUUGGGGAGACGCUGCACACGCCCCAGUCGACUUCACCACUGCCCCAUCUUUGGCUGUUCCUAAGGCCGUCAAGCACGCCGGAUUGGAGCUGAAGGACAUUGACUACUUCGAAUUCAACGAGGCGUUCUCUGUUGUUGGUCUUGCCAACGCCAAGCUUUUGGAUCUCGACCUGGCUAAAGUCAACGUCUACGGAGGAGCUGUUGCCAUUGGCCAUCCUUUGGGCUGCUCUGGUGCCAGAGUCAUUGUCACCUUGCUGUCUGUGUUGACCCAGGAAGGCGGCAAGUACGGAGCCGCUGGUAUUUGUAACGGUGGUGGAGGAGCCAGUGCUUUAGUUAUUGAGAGAGUGUAA